CUGCGCGUGGUGACGCCCUGCCUCGACAUUUCCUGUGCUCCAUCUUGUCCUGGCUCUCCCGCCAACUUGCUCCCUUUGCUAGACCACACUGCGCUGCCCAACUCUCCAAGAUGCUGGAGCGAUGCGAUUCAACGACUGUUUCGCUGCCCGCCGAGAUCAACACGGCGACACGAACGCUGCACACAACCCUCAACCGCCUCAUCACAUCCCGCCUCCCGCUCGCCCUCCCACCACACGCCUCGGACCCCACUCUCUACGCUACCGGCCUCGUCCACUUUGCCCACAUCUACCUGACCUUUGAGUCUCUCUGGGCCGACACAAUACGCGACUACACACCACACUCCGAACCCACGGCGUCCUCCAACUCGCCACUCCUCUCCUACCUCCUCGUCAAUCCCUACGAUUCGCCUUCACUAUUCACAUCCACCCUCGGCGCCCCAACACAGCCAUCACCACUCCUCGCCGCAUUCCUCCAGUCCCUGCGUCCAAGAGGCCUGGUUCGCUCGGUGCGCCUAAAAAAGGACCUGGAGUAUUUACUCGACCUGCACCCCACCGACCUCGAAGUCCUGCUUGCGAAAUACCCCGGCGACAAGGUCGCAGACUUCUGCACACAUAUCCGGAAGAGCGUCAACGAGAAGCCGUGGACACUGGUGAGCUAUGCGUGGUGUUUUUACAUGGCCGUUUUCUCCGGCGGGAGAUGGAUACGCGGGGGCCUUCUCAACGCUGGGCCUGAGUUUUGGCCGGCGAGCGACAAGGUAGACCUGCAGCAGUGCGGUCUGUCAUUCUGGCACUUCCCCGGUGCGCAUGAUGGCGAGGACAUCAAAGCAGACUUCAAGACGAGACUAGGUGCGGCCGAGGCUCUCUUCACGCCUGACGAGCGUGUCGAUAUCAUUGAGGAAGCCAAAGCCAUUUUCCACCUUUGCGCAGGACUGGUGCAGGAGUUGGACGAGCUGGUUGGGACGGAUUUGAGCCUGGCUGAAACUAACAGACGUCAGCCGACCCCGUCGGAAGAGAAGCCACCCAUGAACGAGAAGAAGGCGGAGAGUGUCACGCGAGUCGGACGUAUAUCCGUUCCCAACGACCCGCUCAUGAGAUUCCUCCGAAGGCCAGAACUCACAGGGUCGAUUGUUGCCUUGGCAUGCCUGGCCUGUGUGGCCUUUGUCAGACUGCAGUGAGGAGGAAUAAUGGAGUUGCUGUGAGUAGUAGAUGCCUUGUCAUUGUCUAGCACAUUCUUCUGAGCACGGCGAAACGGAGCGAGAUACCCUACAUUCCAUAGACGUUUUUAUCCCACUUUUCUUUUUCUCAACCCAAGCAUAUCAAAAAUCAAACACGAGUGAACUUCUCACCCGCCGAACCUACUGACCGUGCUACACACACCAACACCGACCUCCCAUCC